AUGCGAGGAAUUUUCAUGGGGCAAAUGCCGGAGCUAUACUUGUCUGGAUUUUGUCUCUUUUUGUGGCUCACAGGCAUGUGGCAAAUUCACAAUCCGAAUAACAACAUCGCUGUAGGAGUCAGCUCAAUAAUCGAUGCCAAUAUAUAUUUCGCUUCUUGGGGAGCUUUCCUGUGUUCGAUCUUGCUGUGUGGUAAAGUAGGUCAGGAAAUGUACGGUGUUGACAUUGCAGGGCGGGUGUCGCCCCUUGUGAAGACAAGGGCAGGAAAGUGGUACAUGAUGGUAUUCUCGUCUAUGAUUGUGCUGACGGCUUCAGUUCGCGCUUUCCUAGCCGAGUCAUGUAAUUCAGAUUCCAUGAGUAUGGCACCAAAAUGCACUCAAACAAAGCUAGCAAUUGCUACUGGAGUAGUGGGUACAAUAUUCGCAGGGGCGGUGACUGGUAUUACAUUGAAAUCAGGACCAUUGAAACUCCUUUACGAAUGGAAUGCUGCUCUGGUUAUGGUGGUCAUUUCUUGUUUCGCGAUAGCUUAUGUUACUGCUGGAGAGGGACCUGGUAGCUCGGUUGGAAACCUGUACUUUGCUACUUGGGUAACAUUCAUUCUCAGUAUACUCAUCUUUACUAGCUGUCACAUGGAGUCGAUAGCAAAUCGAGAACAAACAAAUGCUGCUGCAGCUGCUGCCGAUGGCAACGAAUCAGACGAAGAUAUAGAAUUGCAAGAGCAGCCAUCUUCACCGCAUCGGGAGGAACCUCCUGAAGUAGAAGAUCUCUAA